AUGACACUGACCCCAGACCACUUACACAUCCUUACAAUCAAUGCUAAAGGCCUAAAUAAACCAGAGAAGAGAUCAGGAGCAUUGAGAGACUUCCACAAACAGAGGGCCUCUAUAGUCAUGAUACAGGAAACCCACUUAAAAAAAGGGACCAGUCCCAAAUUGACUAAUCAGCACUACACACAAGGAUACUACAGUGACUAUCAAGGGGGUAAGGCUAGGGGGACAGCAAUAAUUCUCCACAGGUGGGUGCCGUUCCAGGAGGGGGGAUGCAAAACAGACGAUGAAGGAAGAUACUUAUUCCUUAAAGGGAAGAUCGCAGACCACCAGUACACAUUCGCAAACAUCUACGCCCCAAACAAACAACACUACCGCUUCCUCAAACAGACACUCUGCAAACUCCAAGAAUUCGCAGAAGGGACUCUCAUACUGGGGGGCGACUUUAACAUAACUCUCGACCCAUCAUGGGACAACUCAUCGGGCAUCUCCCACGUCCCCACACAACAACUUCAAACUAUUAAAUCCCUACUUCGGAGCCGACGACUUGUGGAUUGCUGGAGAGCCCACCACCCAGACUUAAGAAACUACACCUUCUACUCCCACCCGCACAACUCUUACUCCUGA